UUGUCAGUUUCUAUCUCUACGAUCUGAGAUAACCUAACCCGAUGGCAAAGUUCGAAUUUCGAAAAGAAAAGAGCUUACGUGAAUUAUUCUUGCUUUAGUCGUUGUACAUUUGUCUUCAUCUCAACGAGAAGAUUUUUUUUUGUUCCUUUCUCUGUAGAAAAAGGAAAGAUUGUGUGAAUGAUCCAAGCGGAGAGAAAUCUGACUAUGCGCGUUUCUGCUAAUCUUGGCAAAACAUAACAAUAUGUUUGGCUUAGCACGUACGUUGACUUGAAUGGUUUAAACAAUGAAUACGUUCGUUGCAUUUAGCGCACUUCGGUGCACGGCGGUAUUAAUAUAAAAUUAAUAUCAGGCUUGGAUUUAUUAUCAUUUGCAGCAAUCAUAUAAAUGUCCUUCCGUAGAUUAUAUAUAUAUAUAUAUAUAUAUAUAUACUUCUUUGCUAGUUUUUUUAUUCCUGUACGACUCUGCAUGUGGGGCUGAGCUUUGCUUUUAGCAUAAUUGGUGCAGAAAAGUUGCAUGUGACGGUUCGUGUGUUGAUUAUAAAGAGCUAACUGUAGAAAGAGCAGCAAUGAAGCAAGCAGAUGCCGCUGCUCCUGGUUGUGCUGGCCACAUCUUUCUAUUUGGCCGGCAGCUUUGCGCAGCAGUCAUCGCAUUAUGGUCCCUUCCCUGCACUGCUGUGAUGAAUUUCUGGCUUGCGAGCCAGGCACUGACUGAGUAUGCCACGACGAUUGCUCUCAGCAUUACUAGUCUCUACUGCGACUAGCAGAGGCAGCACCAGUAGCAUAUAUAUACAUUUGAAUAUCGCUUGCUAAUGGUCUUCUGCUUUGCUAUUUCUGCGAUGGUUACCUAAAUGACGAAAAGAACUGGCAUUGAAUCUAGAUUAAUCAAUUCACUCGCAGUGACUUCAGUACCUUAUUCGUUAGAUAAAUUCCGCCUAGACAUUGACUACUAUUUAGACCGAAAAAAUGUAUUCGUUGGCGGUCACCAUUAUUCGUAGACAGUAAUGCGAACCGAUGAUCACACGGAAUAGACUGUCGCGGUUUAAUCAACUGACUGUCUCCAUUCUGUUCUUCUAUCGGCUCUUUUAUCACGUCAAGUCGCUUCUACAAUUGAUAGCUGAGCCGAUACUAGUAUUGUACACAUCUUGCCCAGGAAGUUAUGGCCGAAUUAUCCUGUAACCAUGAACAGAUUUCAUUCAGAUUUCCGUUUAAUUAAAGAGUUUCAUGUAAUUCAAUUUAGUGGACCGCGUGUCGUUAGUACUUGCGGGCGUUCGUUCUUUGAAAAAUGUUACGUAUUAGGUAAUUUUUCGCGGUGUUCAUUUCACGCUCUAGAGGUGGCCGGUUUCUUAUGCUUGCGGAGAAGUGCAUUUCAACUCCUGCCACACGAGAAACGUAGAAGUUCAACAUCGCCGAUACCGGUGAUCGUAGAAAAAGCUCCUAAGAGUCGUAUCAGUAACCUAGACAAGAAGAAGUACCUCGUCCCGUCUGACCUUUGCGUAGGACAGUUCUACCUACUUAUCCGCAAACGUAUCCAGUUACGAGCGGAGGACGCACUGUUCUUCUUCGUUAACAAUACCAUUGCUCCGACCUCGACAACAAUGGGUGCGCUCUAUCAGGAACAUCAUGAAGAAGAUUUCUUCCUUUACAUUGCGUUCUCUGAUGAAAACAUGUACGGCGCAGAUGUUGAAUCAGGAUUUGAAAGACUUUGAAACUGUAAAGCAGAAGUUUUGGCGCUGGGCUUUGCAAGGGGUUUGGGUCGGUGGGGGAAUACGCAGGCUAAUAUCAUUGCUGUGCAUACAACACCAGAUAAUGCAGUGCGAUUUAGUCGUUUUCCCCUUACUUCGUGAUUUCGUCAUUUUUAUCAGCGUGUAACUCUCUAUUAUUAUUAUUAUCCUCAACCAUACUGAUGGCAUAAGCAAAUGUGUGUAAAAAAACGAGUCCGAAUGUGGUUCAUUCGCACAAGUUCAGUCCUGAUUAUUGGUUGAAAUGUCCACAUAUACUUUGAAUUAGAUAACUAAAAUGGGCCACUAGAAGGUGCAGCAACUCAUUUAAGACGCGUUGCCUCGGAUCGUUUAUUAUGGAUUCCGCGCGGUCGAAAGGCUGAAUAAGAACAUGAACACCACGAAAACGAAUAAGUAGUAUGUUGAAUGAGCGAGUGCAGAUUACCGUGAAAAAUCUUGUGUGAACGUGAGUGAGAGAGCACAGGGAGAGCGAGUGGCCAAAAAUUUACAAACAAAAGCUAUGGAAUUAUAAAACGGAGCUCUUUAACGAGCUGACGAAUAGAUCGCAAAAAAUAUGAGAAUACUAAGCAACUCUCCUUAACAGCAAUUAUAAUAGUCAAUAGCGCCGACACAGGAAGCGAUAAUGAAAUAUGUAAAAAAACUGAAUAGCUGUGACACACUCCCCUACACAAACAUGUGCCGAUACGAUAACACAUACAGCUAACAAUAACAGCUAAAAAAAAAAACGUGUUAUUAUUUUGGCUGGGUGACUACGAAUUACUGAAAAAGCUGAAAGGAAGAAUGAAGGCAGCAUUGUUGUUGUUGUCGAUGAAGGCUUUGUGCAGUAUCUGUCGUAAAUACUAUUUAUGCAUACCUACCUUAUUAUAAAGAACCAUCAUAAAGAUAAUGAACAGGCUGGGAGCCGCUCGUGUCAGUUUUACCGUAAGAUAUCUGCCCGCUUCGAGCUAUGAGCUCAUGGGCUUGACUAAUAAAUAAAGUUGACACUUAUAUACGGAUGGUGAAAUCGUCAUCACCCAAUACCACACUUUAUCACCGUCAUAAGCAAGCAUUGUACUAUUUUCAAUUAGGAGAAAAAAUAAUUCGACGAGUCGUCAGUAACGAAAUUGCCCUAGUGAGUCGAUGUUGGUGUAGUAUUCUGUUACCCGUCCUCUUAAAAAAUGAGCAGUUACAUAAAAAUUGUAUGGCUAGUCACCAGACAUGGCUAUCCUGAAACAGAAGCGGUGUUCUAAUAAAUAGCUAUGAAAAUAAGUUAC